GGGACAUUCAGCCUGGUUGGCGAGCGCGCUGACGGGGCGGCCAGUGGCGGACGCGGUGGGUUCCUGCAGCCGCCCCGAAGGCGGUGUCGCCCUGCGCCAGCCCGAAGGCCGCGCGCCAUGGACUUCUCCAAGUUCCUGGCCGACGACUUCGAUGUGAAGGACUGGAUCAAUGCGGCCUUCAGAGCCGGCCCCAAAGACGCGGCGGCGGGGAAGGCGGACAGCCACGCAGCCACCCUGGUGAUGAAGCUUCAGUUGUUUAUCCAGGAGGUGAACCACGCCGUGGAGGAAACAAGUCUCCAGGCACUUCAGAACAUGCCCAAAGUGCUCCGUGAUGUGGAAGCCCUGAAGCAGGAGGCGUCUUUCCUGAAAGAACAGAUGAUUCUUGUCAAAGAGGACAUUAAAAAAUUCGAACAGGACACUUCACAGUCGAUGCAGGUCCUGGUAGAAAUUGACCAGGUGAAGUCCAGGAUGCAGCUUGCUGCGGAGUCGCUUCAGGAAGCUGACAAGUGGAGCACGCUGAGCGCCGAUAUAGAGGAGACCUUCAAAACUCAAGACAUAGCUGUGAUUUCUGCCAAGCUGACGGGGAUGCAGAACAGCUUGACGAUGCUUGUGGAUACCCCAGACUACUCAGAGAAAUGUGUGCACCUGGAGGCUCUCAAGAACAGGCUGGAGGCCCUGGCCAGCCCGCAGAUCGUGGCGGCGUUCACCUCUCAGUCUGUAGAUCAGUCAAAAGUAUUUGUGAAGGUGUUCACGGAAAUUGACCGGAUGCCCCAGCUCCUUGCCUACUACUACAAGUGUCACAAGGUACAGCUUUUAGCAGCCUGGCAAGAGCUGUGCCAGAGUGACCUUCCACUGGACCAGCAGCUCACUGGCCUCUAUGACGCCUUGCUCGGGGCUUGGCACGCACAAACCCAGUGGGCCACACAGGUUUUCAAGAACCCCCACGAGGUGGUGACGGUGCUGCUGAUUCAGACCCUGGGGGCCUUGGUGCCUUCCCUGCCCAUGUGCCUCACUGCAGGUGUGGAGAGAGCAGGACCCGAGCUCGAGCUCAUCAGACUGCUGGAGUUUUACGAUACUACCGCCCACUUUGCCAAGGGGCUGGAGAUGGCAUUGCUCCCCCACCUCCAGGACCACAACCUGGUGAAAGUUGUGGAGCUGGUGGAUGCUGUGUAUGGUCCAUAUAAACCCUACCAGCUAAAGUAUGGAGACAUGGAGGAGAGCAACCUUCUCAUACAGAUCAGCGCUGUGCCUCUGGAGCAUGGGGAAGUGAUUGACUGCGUUCAGGAGCUGAGCCACUCUGUGCACAAGCUUUUUGGCCUGGCUUCUGCAGCUGUUGACAGAUGUGCCAGAUUCACCAAUGGCCUGGGGACCUGUGGACUGCUGACAGCCCUGAAAUCCCUCUUUGCCAAGUAUGUUUCUCAUUUCACCAAUGCUCUCCAGUCAAUUCGAAAGAAGUGCAAACUGGAUGAUAUUCCUCCCAGCUCCCUUUUUCAGGAAGAUUGGACUGCUUUUCAGAACUCUGUCAGGAUCAUUGCCACCUGUGGAGAGCUCUUGCGCCAGUGUGGGGACUUCGAGCAGCAGCUAGCAAACAGGAUCCUGUCCACGGCGGGCAAGUAUCUGUCUGAUUCCUACAGCCCUCGGAGCCUGGCAGGUUUUCAGGACAGCAUCUUGACAGACAAGAAGAGCCCUGCCAAGAACCCAUGGCAGGAAUAUAAUUACCUCCAGAAAGAUAACCCUGCUGAAUAUGCCAGUUUAAUGGAAAUACUUUAUACCCUCAAGGAAAAGGGGUCCAGUAACCACAACCUGCUGUCUGCAUCACGAACAGCCCUGACCCGGCUAAACCAGCAGGCCCACCAGCUGGCUUUCGACUCCGUCUUCCUGCGCAUCAAACAGCAGCUGCUGCUCAUUUCCAGGAUGGAUAGCUGGAACACAGCUGGCAUUGGAGAAACCCUGACAGACGAUCUGCCUGCCUUCAGCCUCACGCCUCUGGAGUACAUCAGCAAUAUUGGGCAGUACCUCAUGUCCCUGCCCCUGAAUCUUGAGCCAUUUGUGACGCAAGAGGAUUCCGCAUUAGAGCUGGCCUUGCAUGCUGGGAAACUGCCAUUCCCUCCUGAGCAAGGGGAUGAACUUCCUGAGUUGGACAACAUGGCUGACAACUGGCUGGGCUCCAUUGCCAGGGCCACCAUGCAGACCUAUUGCGAUGUGAUCCUCCAGAUCCCAGAACUGACCCCACACUCCACCAAGCAGCUGGCUACAGACAUUGACUAUCUGAUCAACGUGAUGGAUGCGCUGGGGCUGCAGCCAUCACGCACUCUCCAGAACAUUGUGAUGCUCUUGAAGGCCAAGCCCGAGGAGUACAGACAGGUCAGCAAAGGCCUGCCCCGCCGACUAGCAGCCACAGUGGCCGCCAUGCGUGGUGUCAACUACUGACCAGUUCCGCAAAGAGGAUCGAGGGCAGGGUCAGGACUGGUGUCUCUCAGAAUGGAUUAAUUCUCGGCAUCUGCCAGUGCUGGGGCAGGGUGUAAGGACUUCUCCUUCUUCUUCUUCUUUUUCUUCUUCUUCUUCCUCCUCCUCCUCCUCCUCCUCCUCCUCCUCCUCCUCCUCCUCUCCUCCUCCUCCUCUCCUCCUCCUCUCCUCCUCCUCCUCCUCCUGCUCCUCCCCCUCCCCUCCCCCUCCUCCUCCUCCUCCUUCUUCUUCUUUUUUUGUUAUAACCAAGAAAAGGUUAUAAGCCAGGCAUGGUGGUGCAUGUCUGUAAUCCCUUGGAAAGCAGAGGCAGGAGGAUUGCUGCCUGGGCUAGAGUGAAACCCAGUCUCUACAAAGGAAAGGCUGUAAAUGAGAAGUAGUGUACUAUUUAUCAGAGAGAACUUUAAAGAUGAUCUUAAUAAACACUGUGAAACG